AUGGGUGCAACGGUCAAUAUCUUGUGUGUGGUGUUGUUCUUCGCCAUCGUCACAACAGGUACUUUCCAACAAUUUCUGCCGCCGUGUGAAUACACCGAUAUAGAUAUCCGCCAAAAUUCCACCGGAGAUUCCGUCUCCGGCAAGCCGGAGUUCAAUGUGACGAUAACAAGCCCGUGCCCGUGCCCGUUAAAUGACGUGGCACUAAACUGUCAAGGAUUCCAUACGACAACCGUCAAGCCUCGCGACGUUUUGUCGAAACACGGCGGCGUUUGCAAGCUCAAUAAGGGCGGCGCCGUCGCCGGAGGCGGCGUCACCACCGCCUUUACUUACGCCGCCGCGGAGGAGUAUCAGUUUAGUGUUAAUACUUACCAGUUCCAUUGCAAUAAUAUUUUUUGA